AUUUAUACCCCAAAAAACUUUUCUUUGUGAAUAUAUCGCUAGCAAUGGCGACCAGGCUUUUCCUGCUUAUGCCUGCUAUGGCCCUGCUCUGCCUCUCCGUUUCCGGUAAUUCCACGGAGUACACCGUCGGCGGUCGCGCCGGCUGGGAUAUCAGUGCCGACCUCGCUUCUUGGGUCGCCUCCAAGAUCUUCUAUGUUGGAGACUCUCUAGUGUUUCAGUACUCACGAUACCACAGCGUGAGCGAGGUGGACAAAGCCGGGUACGAGAGCUGCGACUUGGCCAGCCCGCUGCUGACGAGCAGCAACGGCAACACGACGGUGGAGCUGACGGCGGCUGGAGACCGGUACUUCGUGUGCGGGAACCAGCUGCAUUGCCUGGGAGGGAUGAAACUCAGCGUGAGCGUGGCGGAAAACGAGACCGCCGCCUCCGCGGAGGGUCUGUCGCCGACGACAUCAACGGCGCAGGCAGAGAGUCCGGCGACGCUGCCGUUCCCGAGCGAUGGUUCGCCGUUCUCGAGUGGCUCUCGUGGUCGCGUCGCGAGUUGCAUGUUGGUGUGCGCUUGGAGUGCGGUGGGAUCGUUGGCAAUUUUAUUAUGAGCAAAAUAAAUAUUAAUUACAGAUAUUGUGCAGCAAUUGUGUUGGUUAAUGUCCUCCUGAUAUUUUCUCAUCAUUUUGUGAUAUAAAUGUUCAAAUUUUAAAUAAAUCUCUUGGGACCAACUUGACUUUUGUUA